UACUUUCAUUUAAACAGAGUCAUUCACUCAGUAUCAAGCUGUUUUCCAGGGAGUCCUGGUACCCAUAUGAAAAACAAACAAUAAGACAAUAAAACAAUGUGAGAAAUGAAAAGGUACAAAGAAUAUCUGCAGCAAAAGGGCCACGUUCACAUCAUAUUCAGUUUAAACCCAAGUAGGAGUCACCCUUGAUGUUGGCUGAGUCAGAGAUAUCAGGAAUUUUGGGCUCUGACAAAAUCCCAGAGUGGUGAAAAGAACUACAUACAUGCACCGGCAUACAUGAUGGCAGUUACAUCAACUUAAAGACCAAUACAAUUGAUUCAGCUCAUUCUAUAGGAGCUAUACAGUUUGUAUCUGGUUUCACUUACUUAUAGAUAACACACCAAAAGUAGCUCAUUUAGACUGUUUAUCUGGAGUUAGCACUAUGGCUAUAGUGGAAUAAUGAACACUCCCAAGAUGAAAUCAUUGUUUUUCCUGUUCUUAGUGAAUGCAAAGGUCCCAUGACAUAUUAUCAUUAAUGAUUUAAUGGGAUGUAUUCCCUGUUAAAGCAGAUCAGUGAGUGUUGAAUCCUAACCUAAAUCACUUAUGGAGAGAAAGGCUGAUGACAUCACCACUGAUGAUAGUUCUGUUACUCCAGUAAUUCAGGUUUAAAUACACUGGCCAUAUGACAGACUUGGAACAAACACAUCAGGAGACGGGGAAGACAUGGAGCAGGAAGGAAUGGCAGCAGAGCCGGCACCACAGAACAAGAUGCAGGACUUUAAGGAUCAGAUAAAUGUAGUCACAGACCAGAUGAAGGAAAAUAUGAAGAAAAUCAUUGAAAAAAACGAAAAGGUGGUCAACCUCGUAACCAGGUCAGAGGAAAUGGAAGAAGGGGCUAAACACUUCAAGUACAAGUCUCAGAAAGUGUCUUGCUCCUACUGGUGGAAAAACGUCAAGCUGAAUGUGGUCGUCGUGGUGGUCGUCCUCCUCAUCAUCCUCCUCCUCAUCAUCAUCCUGCUGGCCACCGGAGUCAUCCCUACUAAAGUCACGGAGACCUCCAAGCCAUAAACCAACAAAAAUACACAUAGCAUACUUACAAAUACAACUAAAUUAUAAACAAACAUUCCUAUUGCACAAGGAAAACAAAAACAAAAAGUACUAUUCAUUCAAUUCAUUGCAUGUAUCUCUGUGACCCUAAUACAUUUAAAUCUUCACCAGAGACUUAUGUAAAUGUAAUUCAGUGGCUAAUAGAAAUCAUGGGAACACUUUAAAAUGCAGCCUGUAACUUACAAUGCAAUUAUCUUGUAAAUACAUGUAUCAAUAAAAUACAUACAGGACACCAAUAUCAGGGCAAAUAGAGACUGUAAGACAAAGGUAGUAGACAAGAGGUUGGGGGUAACAACUUAGUAAUUAAAAUUAAAUUAAGUAUUUUUAGUUUAUUUAAUUUGAUAAUUAUGGGCACUAAUAUUGUUAUAGAGUAAAAAAGACAAAGAGGAAAAUUUGAAAAAAAAGAGGGAAACUGUUAAUAU